CUGGAUUUAACCUUGCUCCAUCUUAGUAUACAUCUUAUCAGCAUAAAGUGAAUGCAUAAUAAAAUAAUAAAAAUUAACCUUACUUACCUCACACAACGUUUUACAUUUAAACAAACCUUACCUAUAACGAUGUUGUUGAAUUCUUCUCUUGGUGGUACUGUGAGAAUUUCCCUGCUGGUUUUGUGUCUUUUAUCUGAAAGUUUAGUGAUGUGUGGAAAACUAAGUCGAUCUAUCGACGCUGCAACUGGCUCAUCAAUAAUGAAUAUACCAAGAGAUGUUUCAACAUCAUCAGUAACAACAAUUUUAUUUAAAAAUACGACCUUAGACACAAUACCAGUUCCAUCAGUACCAACAUCAACAAUAAACCAAAAUACAACAGAACUAACACAAAACUCAACAAUAAACCAAAGCACAGAGGUACCAGUUAGCCAAAUAAUUAACCAAAGUACAACAACAACUACUACUACUACAACUACUAAUCCUUUGAUUACUCAACCAAAUAAUAUAGUGCCAGUAAUUGCAGUACUACCGCCUGUGGAUGAUUGUCCCAACUUGAGCACAAUCCCCGACUUGGACCUAACAACACAGGAGGAGUUCUCAACAAUUUUAACAGAUACCUGUCGAUAUGACAGAUUUAUUAAGCCGCCAGAUCAUCUAGUAGUAAACUUUCGAUUCGAUAUGACUCAUAUUGAGUCUGCAGAUUACUUGCAACUGAAGGCGCAUAUGCUAGUCCAACUUCGUUACAGAGAUGAAAGACUGAGAUAUAAAGAAGUGUCUCCUCGCAGAGAAAUAAUAAUAGGAGAACAAGCAUUAAGAAAUAAAUUAUGGGUGCCCCAUAUUAUCAUGGCCAAUGAAAAAGAAUCCUCACUUAUGGGACUUAGUGCAAAAGACGUUUUUGUUCAAAUAUUUCCAGAUGGAGAAGUUAUUUUCACGUACAGGAUGAGUACUCUCUUCUACUGUUGGAUGAACCUGAAAAAAUUUCCAUUUGAUUUUCAAGUGUGCGACAUCACUUGGGUUAGUUGGGCGUACAAUUCUUCAAAUUUAACUUUAAAAUGGGAGCAGGAUACUCCAUUCGUUGUUGCACAAAAUCUUCACCUGACAGAAUUUGUUGUAGAAGAUAAAUGGACCGAAUAUAGUCUGCAUCCUAACAAUUUUAAAAUGGGAAGAAGUGUAGGAGGAAGCAGUGCGCAUUUCAGUGCUAUAACUUUUAAGAUGAAAUUACGUCGGGAGGUCGGAUAUUAUAUUAUGGACUAUUUUUUGCCUUCCAUAUUAUUAGUAUGUACAUCAUGGGUUACGUUUUGGUUACAAGCAGAUGCAGCUCCUCCAAGAGUGACUUUAGGUGCAUCUACCAUGCUUUCCUUUAUAACACUAAAUGGUGGACUAAGUAAAAAUUUGCCAAAAGUUUCCUACAUAAAAGCCAGCGAAAUUUGGUUUUUAGCGUGUGCAAGUUUUAUUUUUUUCUCACUUGCUGAAUUCGCAUUCGUAAAUGUUAUUUGGAGAAGAAAAAAAAAAGUUGAAAUGAAAAAGAACAACACCGUUCAUAUUUUAAAAGGUGCCUUAACUCCCAGUCUAGCAAGAAAACAAUUAAGAAAAGCAAGUUCAAUGAAUAGCCUUCAUAAAGCGAGGUCCUGUUCUAGUUUGGAUAGAGAAAUAGCAGAAAGAAAUACACAGGCCAAUUAUUUGACUGUUCACAGUUUUCCAAGUUCUUUAAUAGUGCCAACAAUCACUCAUAGUCAAGACGAACUUAUUGACAGCGACAGGGUGACGACAAUUCCAAUACCAGAAUUACAGAAUAAUCCAACACAACACCACACUUUCACCACUAUGACACCUCAAGAAGUAGCCAUAUGGAUUGACAAAAAAUCUAGAAUUGUCUUUCCAGUCGCGUUUAUUAUUUUUAAUAUAUUUUACUGGUCUUUCGUCUACGCUCUAUAGAAUUAAGUAUUUAUGUUAUUUUGUAUUUUAUUUAAUAAAUAUCGAUCUGAAUAAAUUUAGACUGCC